GAAUUAGGCCUAUCUGGUACCAACCAAUCCCUCGAAUUUCAUCUGUGGCCCAGUCUCCUUGUCAUAUUUCACCGCCUGGAUUUAAAUCACCUUCGUCCUACACCUAAGCUGCGCAUCAGAGAGCAUCUUCACAUCUGAGAAAUCAGGAAUGAAUCGGCAUCAUCCUUACGGAGGGUUUGAAACCUCUGCUCGGAGAGGUGGUUCUCCUGGAGGUCCUGGACCGGAUAGGACAUAUCAUCAUAGAGGCGCCCCUCGUGGGAGAGGAUUCGGCCGGGGUCGGGGAGGAGGCUAUAAUGCUUUCGAUGCUAAUGCAGCCCAAAGCUCCUCUCCUUACGACCAAGCUCCACCCCAGAGCGAUAUUGGAAUCUACAAUAAUUACGAUUCUGGCUCACAAGAACAACCCUUUUACCAAAAUGGCAACGCUGGUUAUGGUGGUGGCCCUUCUCAGUAUACUGCCCCUCCUGCCUCAGAUGGCUACAACCAGGCUUACGGCAAUUUUGAAGACGGAACAGACUCAAAUUAUGACGAGGGAGCUUACGGUAAUCGCUCCGGAAAACGUAUCGUACGACGGGAAAGGGAUGACAAGGUGCACGAUUCUAUUAUAGAAGAACGUAUUCAACGUGAACGUCCUUGUCGUACACUUUUCAUACGCAAUAUCAAGUAUGAAACUAAUAGUGAAGACGUACGCCACUCUUUUGAAGAACAUGGAGAGAUCAAAACUUUCUUUGACCUUAUAUCGACACGAGGAAUGGUCUUUGUUACUUACUAUGACUUGCGAGCAGCUGAGCGUGCGAGAGAUCGUUUACAAGGCUCUGAGAUUAGUGGUCGACCUAUCGAUGUACAUUAUUCUCUCCCACGUGAUGAUCAACGGCAGGGAGGUGACAAAAAUCAGUUACAGGGCACCGUUAUAGUCACCCUCCGUAAUUCCCCUUCCGGUCAACCCAUCGAUGAUAAUGAAGUGCGACGUAAGUUCCAGCAAUUUGGGGAUGUGAAAUCCGUACGACCAAUUGGGGAUCGUGGCGAUCAACGCUACGUCGAAUUUUAUGAUAUCAGGGCUUGCGAGGAAUCGUAUGAUCGACUGAGACAUCAAGGCUUACAAGAUGGAGUCAUGGACAUUGUCUUUGCAUGGGAUGUGACGGAGGGCAAUGGCCCUCCGAAUAGCGGCGGACAAAG